CUCACGCUAAAAUCCUUUGGCGCUUGGCCAGAUAAUUCCUGUGUCUAAUCAUUUGUAGAGAGAGACUUAGAAGAAUCAUGAAAAGAAUAUGAAGAGAGAAAAUAAGGCAAGCCGUUAAAGUUGUUGCAGAAGAGUUAUCUUCGGGCACUUCCUCCAUAGCUGCUUUUGUCUCUCAUCCAGUAUGACCCUCUCUGUUAGUUUCUAUCUCUAAAAUAGGAACAAAGUUGUAUAGUUAAUUUUCUCUCUAUAAGAACAAGUUGUGCCUACGUGAGCCGACUGUCAAGUAACACAAAACAAGGCAACCACAUCUUCUCUCUACUUUCUCUCUCUAAAAAACUUUCUAUCUCAAAAAAAAUAUUUUGAAAAAGGGACUGGUUGAUAAAGAGCCUUGAGUCAAAUUGAAGAAAACGACAUGAAAAUGAACCAUUAAUCCGUGAGCUUUCUGCCUUACUCUGAAAAUUACUCCUGCAAAAGAAAGAAAAACUUUAAUUAAAUUGCUUCACGGGCUUGCUUAUACGCUCUCAAUUAUUGCUCUCCUUUGCAUACGUCUUGUUUAGAUCACAUGAAUUCUUGAUUCAGACGUUGAUCUCUCUCUCGCUAAAAACUUGCUAUCUUUUAUUCUUUUUAGCAAAAUUCUGUUCUCUCUCUCCUCUAUAAAUCGACCCAUCGGUCCUUUUGAAUCAGGCCAUUUUCAAGGAAUGAAAUUAAUGGAUUUCUCACUCCACUCUCUCUCUAGAAUUCUCGGGUUCUUCCCUGUGUUCUUACUGUUUUUAGCCCAAGUUUUCAGCAAAGAAUGCACAAACAUACCGACACAGCUCUCCUCCCACACAGUUCGUUACAACCUUCUCUCCUCUUCAAAUGACACUUUCAUUGAAGAGAUUUUCUCUCACUAUCAUCUCACCCACACUGAUGAUGCACAAUGGUCCUCUCUCCUCCCUCCUCAACUCUUGAGAGAGAAGGACCAAUUGGGCAACAUGGGUACUGGCGUCGAGCUCGACUGGUCGAUGAUGUACCGGCAAAUGAAGCACUCCAAUGGGGGCGAACAGGGUGAUUUUCUCAAGGAAGUGCCCCUGCAAAAUGUACGAUUGGAUCCGAAUUCGAUUCAUGGGGUGGCUCAACAGACAAAUUUGCAGUAUCUGUUAAUGCUUGAUGUGAAUAAUCUGGUGUUUAGUUUUAGAAAAACAGCUGGUUUGCCAAAUCCUGGUGUAGCUUAUGGUGGCUGGGAGGCUGCAGAUUGUGAGCUCAGAGGCCAUUUUGUAGGACAUUAUUUGAGUGCUUCGGCUAUGAUGUGGGCAAGUACCCACAAUGCCACUCUCCAUGACAAAAUGACUGCAGUAGUCGAUGCACUCGACGAAUGCCAGAAAGCGAUAGGGUCUGGCUAUCUUUCAGCUUUUCCAUCUGAAGAAUUCGACCGAGUUGAAGCUAUAAGGCCUGUUUGGGCCCCAUACUACACAAUUCACAAGAUUAUGGCUGGUCUUUUGGAUCAAUACACUUUUGCCGGAAAUGCUCAAGCUUAUCAAAUGAUACUUUUGAUGGCCGAGUACUUUGGCAAUCGUGUGAAAAAUGUUAUAGAAACAUACACCAUUGAGAGGCAAUGGACAUCACUUAAUGAGGAAAGUGGUGGCAUGAAUGAUGUCCUCUAUCGACUAUAUAGCAUCUCGGGAGAUCAGAAGCAUUUAGUAUUGGCACAUCUUUUUGACAAGCCAUGCUUUCUGGGGAUGCUUGCAUUGCAGGAUGAUAGCCUUUCUGGUUUCCAUACGAAUACACACAUUCCACUUAUUGUUGGAACUCAAAUGCGUUAUGAGGUUACUGGUGAUCCACUUGCCAGGGCGAUAGGAACAUAUUUUUUGGAUGUUGUCAAUUCAUCUCACACCUAUGCUACUGGUGGUACAUCUGUCAGCGAGUUCUGGUCUGACCCAAAACGCCUUGCUACAACUCUCGAGACAGAGAAUGAAGAAUCAUGUACAACUUACAACAUGCUCAAGGUUUCACGUCACUUGUUCCGAUGGACCAAGGAAAUUGCAUACGCCGAUUACUACGAGCGUGCUUUGACAAACGGUGUUUUGAGUAUCCAAAGAGGGAGACAACCUGGGAUCAUGAUUUACAUGCUACCUCUAGGCCGCGGGGUGUCCAAGGCCAAAACUUAUCAUCAAUGGGGAACUCCAUUCACUUCAUUUUGGUGUUGUUAUGGAACAGGUAUAGAGUCAUUUUCAAAGUUAGGAGACUCAAUAUACUUUGAGGAAGAUGGUGCCACCCCCAAGUUAUACAUAGCUCAGUUUAUAUCAAGUUCUUUUAACUGGAGUUCAGGAGGGCUUACAUUAACUCAGAAAGUUCACCCUGUUGUUUCUUCAGACCUGUAUCAUCACGUGUCAGUGAAAUUCUCAACAAAAGAGGGGAAUAGCCAAGAAUCAACAAUAAAUAUACGAAUACCAAACUGGUCAGAUGCAAAUAAGGCAUCAGCUACUCUAAAUGCUCAAAAGUUGGUUGUUCCAUCACCAGGCAAUUUCCUAACAGUCACUAGAAAAUGGACCUCAGAAGAUGAGAUAUUGUUGGAACUCCCUCUCGAGUUAAGGACCGAUGCCAUACAAGAUGAUCGCCCUGAGUAUGCUUCCAUUAAAGCAAUUCUCUUCGGCCCUUACCUUCUCGCAGGGCUAAGCCACGGAGAGUGGGACCUAAACUUGGGUGCCAAAGAAUCUCUAUUUCACUCAAUAACACCAAUUCCACCCACUUAUAACUCUUACUUAAUAACUCUCACUCAAACUCAAGGUUCACGUCUCGUUUUGUCGAAGUCAAAUAACACUGUAACAAUGGAGAAUCUACCAUUGCCGGGAACUGAUGAGGCAGCAAGUUCCACCUUUAGAUGGGUCCCAAAGAGCAAUGGAGAAGCCAAUGAUACAAACAUCAUUGGAAAGAUCGUGGUGUUGGAGCCAUUUGAUUUUCCAGGGAUGCCUGUGAUGCACCAUGGCCCGGACACCGGGCUUUUCUUGUCAGAUGACUCAGAUUCAGAAAACAGGUCGAAUUUCAGGGUGGUUGCUGGGUUGGAUGGGAACAAAGGCAGUGUUUCUUUCGAGUCAGAGAGCCAUAGAGGUUGUUACAUUCACGCAGAAAAAUCAGUCCAGUUAAAGUGUAAACCAACUAAUUCCGGUGGUGAUUUCGAAACUAAGGUGAGCUUUGGAACUCAAAAGGGGUUGAGCCAGUAUCAUGGCAUAAGCUUUAUGGCCAAGGGACCCAAGAGAAAUUUCUUGUUUAUGCCUCUAUUGAGCUUGAGGGAUGAGUUCUACACUGUAUAUUUCAAUGUUACAACAGCUUGAUAAUUCUUUUUCUUUCUUUUGGUGGUUGGGGGCAGUUGAUAUUGGGUUUAGAAUAAAUUAUUCCUUUGGUGGGUAGCUUGCAGCAUUCAGCCUGCAUCACUGCAUGAAGAACUAGGGGACUUUACUUCAAAUUUGGGGGGUAGUUUGGUUAUCUUUCAAAAAGUGUUGGGUGAUUUGGUCCUUUUUCUCAAUUUGGGCGUAUUUAUCAUUUGUAAGAAAGUGACAGCCAUUAAUGGAAAUCAGCAACAUUGUUUUUC